AUGUCCCAGGUGGAGCAGGAGAUCUCACUGGUCCAGAGGAAGAUGUCCGACCUGGAGUCCGUAUUACAGCAAAAGGACAUUGAGCUCAAGGCCUCAGAAACACAAAGAACCAUUUUAGAGCAAGACCUGGCAACCUACAUCACGGAGUGCAGCAGUUUGAAGCGCAGUUUGGAGCAGGCUAGGAUGGAGGUGACGCAAGAAGACGACAAAGCCCUUCAACUUCUCAACGACAUCCGCGACCAGAGCAACAAACUGCAGGAAAUCAAGGAGCAGGAGUACCACGCUCAGCUGGAAGAGAUGCGUGUGUCCGUGCGACAGCUGGAGGAGGACCUGUCCGCCGCUCGUCGCCGUAGCGACCUGUACGAGGCCGAGCUCAAAGACUCGCGGCACAACAGCGAGGAGCUGAAGAGGAAAGCUGCUGAGCUGCAGCACCGCAUGCAAAAGGCCAAAGACCAAGGUAAGGCGGAGUCGGAAGAGGUGAUUUCCAAGUUGGAGAAGACCAGCACAGAGCAGCAGUCCAAAAUCCAGGACCUCCAGGAGAAGCUGACCAAGGCGUUGAAGGCGAGUGGGGAGGCCACAGAGCUGCUUCAGUCGGUGCGAGUGUCUAAAGAGCGGGUCGAGAGGGACAUGGAGCGACUGCAGAACAAGGAGGACUCCAGCGACAGCCUCCGCCGCCGACUCAGGGAGACAGAGGAUGGGAGGAAGACUUUGGAGAACCAGGUGAAGAGGCUGGAGAUCGUGGAGCGUCGUGAGGCUAAACUCAAAGAUGAGAUCCAAACCAAAGGGCAUCAGAUCCAGCAGAUGGCAGACAAGAUCAUGGAGCUGGAGGAAAACCUGAGGGAGACGCAGUCCACGGCGCAGAGACUCGAGACCCACCUGAAGCAGAAGGAGAAGCUCUAUGAAGACAGGAUAAAGGUGCUGGAGAGCCAGAUGAAGGCGGACAUGGCCGACAAAGAAAUGCUGGAGUCCAGUCAGAGCAGAUAUGAGGAGGAGGUGCGCGAGAAGUGCAGCGUCAUCAGCGAACAGAAGGCGACCAUUAACGCUAUGGACUCCAAGAUGAACAGUCUGGAGCAGAGGAUUGCUGAACUGACCGAGGCAAACAAACUGGCCGCCAACAGCAGCAUAUACACUCAGAAAAACAUGAAAGCCCAGGAGGAGAUGAUCUCAGAGCUCCGGCAGCAGAAGUUUUACCUGGAGUCUCAGGCCGGGAAACUGGAGGCUCAAAACGCCAAACUAGAAGAACAUCUGGAGAAGCUGAGUCAACAGGAGCAGAGCAACAAGAGCCGCAUGCUGGAGCAGGAGACGCGGCUCAGAGAGAACGGACUGGAGCACGAGGAGCAGAAGUUGGAGCUGAAGCGGCAGGUGACAGACCUGACCCUGUCCCUCCAGGAGAGAGAGGGCCAGGUCACAUCGCUCCAGACCGCACGCCACUCACUGGAGGGGCAGCUGCAGCACGCCAAGACCGAGCUGGAGGAGACCACCGCGGAGGCCGAGGAGGAGAUCACGGUGCUCAGGGCGCACAGAGACGAGAUCCAACGCAAGUACGAUGCCCUGAGGGACAGUUGUGCGAACCUGGAGACCCUGAAGACCACGUGCACGAUGCUGGAGGAGCAGGUGCUGGAGCUGGAGUCUCUGAACGAUGAGAUGCUGGAGAAGGAGCGUCAGUGGGAGGCCUGGAGGUCGGCUCUGGAGGAGGAGAAAAGCCAAGCAGAGAGACGUGUGCGCGACGUCCAGAGGCUGCUGGAAACCGAGAAGCAGAGCAGGCUCCGUGCUGAACAGCGCAGCUCCGAGUCCCGUCAGGCCGUGGAUCAGGCCAUGAAAGAACAUAAGUCUGAGAUCUUGGCUCUGCAGCAGGUGCUAAAGGAUCAGAAACUGAAGGCAGAGGGUCUCGCUGACACUCUCAACGAGCUGGAGAAGAAGCAUUCCAUGUUGGAAAUGAACGCCCGCAGUUUACAGCAGAAGCUCGAAAGUGAGAGGGACCUCAAGCAGAGACUACUCGAAGAGCAAGAGAAGCUGCAGCAGCAGAUGGAUGCACAGAAGACGCACAUUUUCCGUCUGACGCAGGGCCUUCAGGACGCACUGGACCAGACCGACCUCCUCAAGACUGAGAGGACAGACCUGGAGUAUCAGCUGGAGAACAUCCAGCUCCACCUGCAGGCCGUGUUCUCCCAUGAGAAGGUCAAAAUGGAAGGCACCAUCACGCAGCAGACCAAACUCAUCGACUUCCUCCAGGCGCAGGCCCAUGGCGGCUCCAAGAAGAAAAAGGGUUUGUUUGGUCGCCGCAGAGAGGACAUCUUGGCUGCGAUGGCUCAGGCUCAGGCUCAGGCUCAGGCUCAGGGGCAGGGUCCAGGCUCUGGUCCGGUGCCCCCUGCUCCCUCAGUCCCAAUGCAGUACAGCGACAUCAAGUCUGCCCUGGACAAAGAGCGAGCCCGCAGCUCUGAGCUGGAGGACGCACUGCAGAAGAUGAGAGGCGAGCUGAGAUCUUUGAGAGAAGAAGCUCUCCAGUACAAAGACCACAGCCCGAACCCGUCGUCCCGUCAGCAGAUGAUUAUAUCGUCGUUGGUGAAGUCUCCGGAACAUCAGCCGGGUCCAGGUCUGAACUCCUCGGGCUCCGGGCGAAGGAAAGACGCAGCCACUCCAGAGGAAAGAAGGAGGGUCACUUUUGAAAAGUACAGCCGGCGCCUGAAGGACAGUCAGAGGGACCGGGACAGAGACAGGGUCCACCACAACACGGCUCACCGCUUCACUGUGGGACUCAACAUGAGAGCGGCCAAAUGCACCGUAUGUCUGGACACCGUGCACUUUGGACGACAGGCCGCCACCUGCCUCGAGUGCCACGCCUUGUGCCACCCGAAGUGCUCGCCCUGCCUCCCGGCCACCUGUGGGAUGUCCAGCGACUGCUCCCUGCACCUGUCUGAGGGUCUGUGCCGGGACAAAGGCAGCUCCCCCUGCCCCCAACUGAAGGAGGCAGGAGGUCACAUGCAUCUGGAGGGCUGGAUGAAACUCCCCAGGAAUGGGAAGCGAGGCCAGGGCUGGGAGAGGAAGUAUAUGAUCCUGGAUGGCACUAAAAUUUCCAUCUACGACAUCGAGCCCAGAGAAGAUUCGGUGAAGCCACUGGAGGAGUUUGACUUGUGUCUAUGUGAUGGAGAAGUGAUGGUCCAUGGAGCAGUGGGUGCCUCCGAGCUUCCCAACACAGCCAAGUCAGAUGUUCCUUACGUUUUGAAACUGGAGUCACGCUGCCACGCCCCCUGUUGGCCUGGGCAGGCGGUGUACUUCAUGGCCCCCAGUUUCCCAGACAAACAGCGCUGGGUGGCAGUGAUAGAGUCUGUGGUGGCCAGUGGGAGAACCUCCAGGGAGAAGGCAGAGGCCGACGCAGCCACUGCUGUGUCCCAAAGACCAAUGCUUCUGUCUCCUCUGGUCAAGAAGCUGCUGGGAAACUCUCUGCUGAAGCUUGAAGGAGACGACAGACUGGACAUAAACUGCACUCUGCCCCUCACUGACCAGAUCGUUCUGGUCGGAUCAGAGGAAGGACUGUACGCUCUGAACGUCAUCAAGAACUCGCUGACCCACAUCCCCGGCCUGGGCUCCGUCUUCCAGAUCCACGUGGUCAAAGAGCUGGAGAAGCUGCUCAUGAUUGUCGGAGAGGAGCGAGCCCUGUGUCUGGUGGAGAUCAAGCGGGUGAAGCAGUCUCUGGCUCAGUCGCACCUGCCCAGCCAGUGCGAGCUCACGCCACACAUCUUCGAGACGGUGAAGGGCUGCCACCUCUUCGCCGCCGGGAGGGUCGACAACGGCUCGUGCAUCUGUGCCGCCAUGCCCAAUAAGAUCACCAUCCUGCGCUACAACGAAAAUCUCAACAAGUACUGCAUCCGAAAGGAGAUCGAGACUCUGGAGCCCUGCAGCUGCAUCAAUCUGACCAACUACAGCAUCAUCAUCGGCACCAACAAGUUUUACGAGAUCGAGAUGAAGCAGUUUGUUCUGGAAGAGUUCCUGGACAAGAACGACGUGUCACUGGCGUCCGCUGUGUUCGCCGCCGCCUCUCACUGCUUCCCCAUCUCCAUCCUGUCGGUGGCCAGCAGCCUGCAGAAGGAGGAGUACCUGCUCUGCUUCCACGAGUUCGGUCUGUUUGUGGACUCGUACGGUCGCAGGAGUCGCACUGAGGAGAUCAAAUGGAGCCGGGUGCCGCUGUCUUUUGCUUACAGAGAGCCGUAUUUGUUUGUGACGUAUUUCAACUCUUUGGAUGUGAUCGAGGUCCAGGGCCACUCCAGUAUGGGUCCCACCGUGCUGGCCCACCUGGACAUCCCAAACCCGCGGUACCUGGGCCCCGCCAUCUCCUCGGGGGCCAUCUACCUGGCCUCGUCGUACCAGAACAAGCUGCGGGUGAUCUGCUGCAAGGGCAGUCUGGUGCGGGAGAGCGGAGAGCUGCAGCGGACCGGCUCCAGCAGAGGGAGCCCCAGUAAACGCGGGCCCCCCACCUACACAGAGCACAUCACCAAGCGCCUGACGUCGGGCCCCGGGAGCCACGACGGGCUGCACCGCGAGCCCAGCACCCCUCACCGCUACAGGGAGGGCCGCACCGAGUUCAGGCGGGACAAGUCUCCGGCUCGGCCCCUGGAGCGAGAGAAGAGCCCGGGGCGCGUCCUGGACAGCCGCAGGGAGCGCUCGCCAGGACGCUUCGGGGAGAGCACCAGGCUACACGCCGGAUCUGUGCGCACGCAGCUCGCCCCCGUCAACAAGGUGUGGGACCAGUCUUCAGUUUGA